AUGGACGGGGACGGUUCGCUAAACGCCCGCUCGGAGCCCGCAUCCCCGGCUGCCGCCGCCGCCCAUGACUCAAGCCCCAGCGGGACGGGAUCUGGCGGCGGCACGCGCUCUGGGGGUGGUCGGCCGGCGGCUGCCAAUGCAGCGCGGGAGCGCAGCCGCGUGCAGACCCUGCGGCACGCCUUCCUGGAGCUGCAGCGCACGCUGCCGUCUGUGCCGCCCGACACUAAGCUGUCCAAGCUGGACGUGCUGCUGCUGGCCACCACCUACAUUGCGCACCUCACCCGUAGUCUGCAGGACGACACCGAGUCGCCGGCGGAUCCUGGGCUGGGCGCCCUGCGCGGAGACGGCUAUCUGCACCCUGUCAAGAAAUGGCCCAUGCGAUCAAGAUUAUACAUUGGCGCUACUGGUCAGUUUCUAAAGCAUUCUGUCUCAGGAGAGAAAGAAAACCAUGGUAACACUUCACCUGACUCACAGACUUAG